UCAUUUAUAAAUUUAAAUUUUUAGGUUGAAUGGUUUCUUAACAUGAUUUCAGAGUCUCUCACAUCAAUUUCAAAUUUUGAAUUCUAAUCAUUUAUAUUUAUUAGUUAAAUAUUUCGGCACAAGUUAAAGUUAAAAUUAAGGGUUAAAGUAGAUGGCAGCAGUACUCCAGCCGCAUUGACUUUAGUUCACGCUCUGCGAGAUUAUAUUAAGUCCUUAUGGCCAUACUUGACAAAACCCUAUCUUCAUUCUUCUUCUUCGUCUUCUUCUUUUGGUCGAUCUUAUGCUCUUUAUUAAUUUAUGUUCUCCUCUAUUAUCUGCGUAGCCUCUUCUUGAUCUUGAUGCUUAUCCCACGCCUUUUUCGUCUUGAUAUGCUAGCUACCAAAAAUAUAUAAAGUGGAUCGAAAUCAUGGGAAGAGGCCCCUUCCAUUCGAUGAACCGGAGGAGAAAAAGAAAGAUCACAUCUUCCCAAUCUACUCAGCUCGAUCUCAACAAGACAUGAAUGUAAUGGUUUCAGCACUAGCUCAAGUAAUUGGAAAUAGCCAAAAUAAUCCACUUCAAGUUCAUGAAAAUCCAUUAUCAAACACACAAGGGCAUGAUGAACCACAGCAGCCUGUUCAAGAUCAAGAAAACACGAGGAGAAGACACUAUAGAGGAGUGAGGCAACGACCGUGGGGCAAAUGGGCUGCCGAGAUCAGGGACCCCAAGAAAGCAGCUCGAGUAUGGCUCGGUACUUUUGAAACUGCUGAAGCUGCGGCCCUUGCGUAUGACGAAGCUGCUCUUAGGUUUAAAGGAAGUAAAGCUAAGCUAAACUUCCCAGAAAGAGUUCAAGGCAGAAGCGAAUUAGGUUUCUUGACUAAUCGCCAAGAUUUGCAUGCUGGAACCCAGCAAAUGACUAGUCGAGUUAUUGCUCCUCCUCGUCCUCCACAAACACAACAAGAAGCAUACACUAAUAGUUUUCAAUACCCACAGUUUCUGCUUCCAGUUGGGGACUAUGGCUUUAACUACGCUGUGGCCGGGGGCACUUAUAGCAGUAGUGAGUGUUCGUCAUCAACUACAUCUUCAUCUUCAUCAUCCGUACCUUCUUAUCAACAAGAAGAUCUCGUAAGAUUUUCAAUGCAGUUUGGAAAUCCUUACUCUCAUUCCAAUCCUCCUGCAAAUUGGAGGGACUUUGAUUCUACUCACAGAAGAGAAUAGUACGUAUGGGCAGGCAAGUUUUACUUGAGGAGAUAUAAAUAGCUAGGGGAAAAAGUUUCUGGUUAUGAUCAUGAUCGAUGUUUGUUUCUUUUUCCUUUUUCACUUGCUUGUUUUCUCUUUUCCUGUUUGAUUUUCCUUUCUUUCUUUUUUUUGCCGUUUUGGAUUAAUUAAUUAGUUGCUUUCUUGCAUGUCGUCGAACAUCUUUCCCAUCUGAGGUAAUGAAGUAUGUUGUUUGUUGGUUUUAGUUCCUGCAAAAA